AUGGAGUUUGAUGGUUGGUUUACUCAUGCAUCAGAGGAGGAUGAGCUAGUUUCACUUAGGAGUUUAGAUGACGAGGGACCUAGUUACCCAGUGUGGAAUGAGAGGACAGACUUGGGGAAUAAGGAUUUAACAAUUGGAAUGAAGUUUCCAACUAGGAAAAAAUACAGGGAGGUGUUGAGGGAUUGGGCUGUUAGAAGGGGUUGGGACUUAAAAUUCCAACAUAAUGAGACAAAAAAGAUAAUAGCCACUUGCAAGCCGGGAUGUGAUUGGAGGAUCCAUGCAUCUAAAGUAAUGAAAAUAGCCACAUUUCAGAUAAAAUCAAUUAAAGAUAAACAUAAUUGGGCACACAUGACUGAAAACAAGCAGGCAAACUACAAGUACUUGGGUAAGAGGAUUGAGAAUAUCAUUCGUGACAAUCUUAAUAAAGGCUUAAUCUCACUAAAAAACAAAGUAAGGAGAGAUGUUGAGAUUGAUUGUAGUUUGCACAAAGUGUACAGAAUUAAAAAAUAUGCACUCCAAUUGAUCAAAGGUAACAUAAAGUUGCAAUCUGAAAUGUUGUAUGAUUAUUGUGCCACUAUGGAUAAGUACAAUCCUGGAAGUACUUUGGUGUUGAAGGUGGAUAGAGAAUUAAGUCCACAUGUACUCCAAAGGAUGUACUUCUAUCUUUUUGGUCUUAAAGAGGGGUUUCUAGAUGGAUGUAGCCCAAUCAUUGGGCUUGAUGGGUGUUUCUUAAAGAGUAUUUACAGGGGGCAAUUGUUGACAGCAGUAGGCAGAGAUGGGAAUGAUAAUAUUUAUCCAAUUGUUAUGGCUUAUGUUGAAAUAGAAAAGUAUGAUUCUUGGGAAUGGUUUUUUAAUCUUUUGUUGAGAGAUAUAGGAUCACCUGAUGAGAAGGGAUGA